UGUAUGCAGCCCAGUAUAAGCUAAGGACAUAAGCUGGGGAAUUUCGCGAUGCGACCUUGAUAGGGCCAGCGUUUUUCAUUCCAACACUGUUGCAGUUUGAGAAUAAAAGCGUGGAAUUACCUAUUUGUGAAGAGAUGCAUUCUCCCCCGCCUCCUUUUAUUCCCAGAGUCAAAAUAAAUAACACUAAACUAUAUUUGGCAGAUUUUAGCUUUCACUUUUAACUUAUAAUAUUAUAAUAUUGUUCAUAACAUUAACUUUCAGCUUUAACGUCCUAAAGCAGCCCACAGGCUGUAAUAGACGCUGCAGUAGGAAGCUCACGAUUCAUUUUGAAUAUUUGGAGUGAAACAGGGUACACGGAUGUUUUUCCUUUUACUCUUUCUUCGCACUGUAGCCUCCGCAGCGGCCGGCAAUCGAAACUGUCGCUCAGCAGCAGAACGCUGCUCAACACUUAAAGACUGCCACCAAUUGUGUUUCUUCUUUCUUUUCUUUUUUCUUGUCUUCGCUUUCUACUAGUCACGUCUGCAGCGGCUGGGACAGCAAGGAGUCUUAUUAUACCACGCCACUGGACAAGUACAGCCUGGCCUUCAGCCGAAGUGUCAUCAAGGCCAUGCUACUCGAGCGGAUUCCCGUCCUGUCUAAGAAGACGAGAGGAAAAGCUGCGCGCUUCAUGUUGCGCUGCAUCAGCCGAGUGGAGCAACGGCGUGCGUCGAGUCUCAAGACCUUCCUCCAGGAGCUGGGACUUUCGUGGCCACACCGGUCUGCCGCAACGCGUCCACAGCUUUUCGACAUCUUCGUGCGGGCCUCGCUGCAUUUUGGCAUGCCUCUCUUCUGGGCGGUCUACAUCGGCCGCCAUCCGCUGCUACCGUUGGAGAACACCAUAUACAUGACGCUCGAUCCAAGUUUCAAGAAAUGGGUUCACGAUAUGGACGUGCUCACCGCCAGGGGGAAAGAGAGCGAGCACCUCAGGCGUGGCGCUGAGGUCAUCGGCGGCGAAGGCCAGUCGUACUCCUUCAUGAUACAUCAUGUGCUGCAGGCGCACGCGGACCUCAGCGACCUUGCGAACCGUUUCUUUGGCGAGCACCGGCUGCCAGAGUUCCACAGUCUCACCGACCCAGACCUGCGCAGGGCACUGAACGGAUACCUUCCUGAUGAGUCGCAGCUCUGGCCCGAGGACGAGAUAAUUAACCUUCAGCCCAAGUUCUUCCACAACCUUGACAACAUGUACCUGAGCGAAAGCGUGCUCCAGGAGCGCUUGAAUCUGUUCCUGGGCGCAUACGCCGUGUGGAUGCUGUCGCCAUUUGCGUCCGGCUACUUGACUUCGAGCUUGCUUGCCGACAUGGGGCACAAAAACGCCGAAUCCAUCUACCGUUGCUUCAAGUGCUUCGAAGCCCUGGAGGCUGUUAUGCCACUAGUCAAGUUCCACCUCCAUAGAAGCGCUGCUGACGAUAUUAAACCCUUGAGGAGCAUCGCUCGGUUAUCCACGCGCUCUUUGAGGGCAUGUCUGCGAAACUACGGCGAGUCGGAAGAGAAGAAUGUGGCCGCCAUAUUGCAGCAUAUUACACUGAACGCUUUCAACAUGACCAGCACGUGGCGAAUGCUCGACGACAUGUACGCCUACCUUCCUAGCGAGCCCGACGUGCCUACUUUCUUCGAGCUGUACCGCAGAGCUGCCAUGGCGACCGCCACGUUCUUCACGCGAUCUCUACGCCGACCAAAGCACAGUAUCUACCACGUACCAGGAAUCAUAAAAAACCGACAGUACCGUCUGUUGACGAGCCGGGAAGCGUCGAUAGAAUACUUUUUAGCAGCUGCACCGCUCUAUGGGACUUGGCAACCAGCAACAGUCCUUUCGGCACUUUCUGGAACAAUCAUCUCUGUGCAGCUGGCCACCUUUAUUCGGUUUACCCUGUUUUUCAGCAGCCGUUUUCACAUGGCCGCCUGCAACGUUGCCCUGCCGGCGGCGCCCCGUUUCCGGAAGGCGUUCAACUGCAGCCCUCAACACCGACUUGUCACGGACUUCACGUGGCCCGAACCCCUAGUGACUGCGACCGCAGAGCCCUCUUAGCGGCGCGCGAACCCUGAUCGUGCAAUGUAGUAUACUCGAAGGGCGUUACCGACAACACCUGCGAAUGGGCGCACGCACCUCGCGUGCGAAUUUUUCUAUCAGAAGUAUUUUCUGUGGACAAUGCAGCUUCGUGGCAUCCUAUACUAUCAUUACUCUACGCAUACUCUCUUCUCCGUUUUCGCGCUGCCUGCUUUUAUGUACCAACACUGGGAAAAUACCUUUCGUGUAUGACAUUUUACUGAGUGACACUUCGUAAUAUUUCUUUUAUCAUUUUUUUUUCUUGCUUUAAUGUAGCGUCUUCUUUUCGCUUUGCUUCUUACCUGCUAGGCGCACGCCUCUUGCACUCUAAAUGAGCAACUAUUGUCAUCGCGAAUUCAUUGCUUCCCUCUGAUGUGCUGUUGUCAACGUGUGCCUAACACGUUCGCUUUGUGCGUGCAGUACGUACAUUUGCGACAGCCGCAAUAAACCACGAGAGCUCGAUGCUA